UUAUUCUCCUUCCCAUCUUUCUUUAUCUCUCUUCUCUUCUUCCUUCCCUCUCCCCCCCCUCUCUCUCUCUCUCUCUUCUCAAAUCCCAGUUUCGUUCUCGUCCCUAAAAAUAAAGCGAGCAACAUAUAAGGGGAGGAAGAUUCUAUUCGCACCCCCCCCCCCCCCCCCCCCCCCUCCCCUUCUCUUUUCUCCCCUACUUCUCUUUCCCUUUCUUCUAACAUCCGUACAAUCCUCCUUUGUUGAACAAAAAGAAGGCCCCUCCAUUUCUUCUUCUACUUCCUUGGCUCCUUCCUUUCCAAAUUUCUUAGAAUUCCCUUCACAUUUCUGGUGGUAACGGGGUACCUCCAAUUUGAUCAUCAUAUCUCUUUCUCCUCCGCAUCUUUCCUUCUCUUCUCUUUCUAAUCUUUUUGUCAGGAAAAAGAAUAGAGUUUUUAAGGAAAAAAAAAAGUUGUGUUUUUUCUUGGUUGCCAAUGUGUGUAAGCUUGGAAAGGUGAGAUUUUUAUUCAUUAGAUUAGAAUUAGAAGAGAGAGAUAGAGAUAGAAGAGAUUCGGGAUGAGGGCGGGACUGAGCACAAUCCAGCAGACUCUGACGCCGGAGGCGGCGAGCGUCCUGACGCACUCGAUCGCGGAGGCGGCGCGGCGGAACCACGGGCAGACAACCCCUCUCCAUGUGGCCGCCACCCUCCUGGCGGCCCCCUCCGGCCUACUCCGCCAGGCCUGCAUCCGCUCCCAUCCGAACUCCUCCCACCCUCUCCAGUGCCGCGCCCUCGAGCUCUGCUUCUCCGUCGCCCUCGACCGCCUCCCCACCUCCUCUUCCUCUUCCUCCUCCAACCCCAAUCCCACCAGGGAUAAUUCCACCAAUUCCAAUCCUCCCACCAGUUCCUCCUCCGGCGUCACCGAGCCUCCCAUCUCCAACGCCCUCCUGGCCGCCCUCAAGCGCGCCCAGGCCCACCAGCGCCGCGGCUGCCCGGAGCAGCAGCAGCAGCCGCUCCUCGCCGUGAAGGUCGAGCUGGAGCAGCUCGUCAUAUCCAUCCUCGACGACCCCUCCGUCAGCCGCGUCAUGCGCGAGGCCAGCUUUUCCAGCACCGCCGUCAAGGCUACCAUCGAGCAGUCCCUCCCCUCCUCUUCCCCCUCCUCCUCCUCCGCCGCCGCCCCUUCCACCACCAAUUCCCCCUCCCCCUCCGCCGCCUCCGCUCUCGGCAUCAAUCUGGCCUACCGCGCCCCGCCCCGGAACCUCUACAUCAACCCCCGCCUCCACCAGCACCAAGCCGACGCCGCCGCUGGUGGCGGCGCAGACCUGCACCGGAGGGAGGAGGUGAACGGGGUGAUGGACAUACUGAUGAGACCCAAGAAGAGAAACCCGGUCUUCGUCGGCGACUCCGAGCCGGACGCCGUCAUGCGAGAGGUCCUGCAGAGGAUCGAGUCCGGCGGCGCCCCGCCUCCCCUCCGGGCCGCCCAAGUCAUCUACUUGGACAAGGAAUCCACUGUGGUCCCCGACCGGUCCCAAAUUCCAUCGAGGAUCAGAGAAUUGGGUAGCUUGAUCGAGGCCCGGAUCGGCGGCGGCCGCAGCAUGAUUCUCAAUCUCGGGGACCUAAAAUGGCUCGUGGAGUGCCCUCCCGGCGUCGGGGCUUCCUUGGGUCCAGCACCAGCUCAGCCACAGCCGAUCAUCUCGGAUGCGGGCCGGGCGGCGGUGGUGGAGAUGGGGAGGCUUUUGAAGAGCUUCGGCGAAGCUGGCCGGCUGUGGCUCGUUGGCACCGCGUCGUGCGCCACCUACCUCCGGUGUCAGGUCUACCACCCCACGAUGGAGAACGACUGGGACCUCCAGGCUGUGCCGAUCGCCCCGAGGUCGCCCCUCCCCUGUAUGUUCCCAAGGCCUGGGGGCAAUGGAAUCCUCAGCAGCUCUGUCGAAACUCUAGCCCCGAUGAAAGGUUUCCCGGUGGUGGUGGGCGCUGCCGCCAUACCUCCAAGACGACCGCCGGAAAGCGCUGACCCUUCCCGAAGGAUAACCCUCUGCCCACUGUGCAUGGAUGGUUACGAGCGCGAGCUAGCCAAGCUUGUUGCAAAGGAGUUCGAGAAAUCGUCUUCGAAACCGGAUGCUCAUCAGACGCUGCCUCAAUGGCUCCAGCUCGCGAAGAUGAGCAAUGGAGGCAGCGCUAAAUCCACAACCGAUCAUUUUCAGUCCAAGGAGCAAGAUUCCGUGUGGAAGCAGAGCACAGAGGAUCUGCUGAAGAGGUGGCGCGAGACGUGCUCCCUCCUCCACUCCAACUUCCAACCGAUGCUUCUCAGCUCUGAAAGGCCUCUGCUUCCAGCCCUUUCAAUGCCCGCUUUGGGCAAUUCCAGUAUGCUCGCUCCUCGCCCACCAUCUGAACCGAAAUUAACACUUUCUCGGAGCCUUCCCCCGCUUCAGGUGAACAGCAACCAGGGCAACAUUGCACCGACCACAUUGCCGGAGCAGUCUACGAGCUCUCCCGGAAGCCCGGUGAGGACCGAUCUUGUUCUCGGGCAUUUGAAGUCCCCUAAGGACGAUAAUUCCUUGGAAAAGACUCAUAAAGAGCUUGCCGAGGAGUCGGCCGGGUGCAUGCAAGAUGGAUUCUCAGAUCUACAGAGAGCCAAGAUUGCUGGCAUUUCCGAUAUGGACACCUUCAAGAGGCUCUUCAGGGGACUCACCGAUAAGGUCAGUUGGCAGCCAGAGGCAGCCUCCACCGUAGCGACAGUCGUGAUGCGGUGCAAGUCCGGCAAUGGGAGGCGGCGGAGCUUGGGGCCAAAGGGCGACACUUGGCUUCUCUUCAUCGGCCCUGAUAAGGUCGGGAAGAGGAAGAUGGCGACCGCGGUGUCCGAGCUGGUGUUUGGCACUAGCCCGGUGACUGUUAAUUUUAGUGGCAUCCCACGGUCGGACGGCGAUGACCGUGAGUCGACUGCUAAUUCCCGAGGGAGGACCUCUCUGGACCGGGUGGUGGAGGCCAUCCGCCGGAACCCAUUUUCGGUUGUCGUUCUCGAAGACAUCGAUCGGGCAGACGGGCUCGUCCAUGGCAGCAUCAAGCGUGCCAUGGAAAGGGGCCGGCUGCCGGACUCUUAUGGCCGGGAGGUCAGCCUGGGGAGCGUCAUAUUCAUCCUUACGGCUGACUGGUUGCCGGAGGAGCUCCGGACCUCCACCGACUCCAUUCUGCAGAGCGAGCAGAAAAGAUUGGAUUCGGCCAAUCGUCGGUGGCAACUGGAGCUCUCGAUCGGGGACAGUCCCCGUAAGCGUCGAGCGGAUUGGCUGUGCGAUGACGAUCAAACAGUGAAGCCAAGAAAGGAGCCGUCGGGUGGCGCAGGCCUAUCGCUCGAUUUAAAUUUGGUAGCGGGGGCGGACAACGACGUCGGGGAAGGCUCGAGGAACUCCAGCGACCUCACCGUCGAGCAUGAGAUCGAGAAGCGGCGACUCGCGGUCAAGUGUUCGACGUCAUCGUCGGCGGCCUCUGAGCUCAUGGACUUGGUGGACGAUGCGGUCGUGUUCAAGCCUGUGGACUCCAGCAACCUGCGGAGGAAGGUCUUCGAGUCCGUAUCAGCGAAAUUCGCUGCAGUCGUGGGCGGUGGGCGGUCAAUACUGAUCGACGACGACGCACGAUCGCUUGAUCGGAUCGUCGGCGGCCUUUGACUCGCCGGAGCCACCAGUUGCGGUGGAUUCGAGGAGUGGGUGGAAAGGGUGUCGGUCCCUGGUGUGGCGGUGGAGCUGCAGCGGAAAUUGGCUGCCGGGGACGGUGGCCACCGCCGUAGAUGGGCACCGGAGAAUUGGUGGGCAUUCACAUAUUGUUAAGGGUAGAUAUGUAAAUAUAGUGGUAUCCUUUUGUUCUUUACCUUUCUUUGGGUGGUUAGUGUUCCAGGAGAGAAUCUUUAACUACCAACCAAAAAAAAAAGAAGGAAAAUCUGGAGGCGAGAGGCUCAGCGCUCGUAUGAUUUGUAAUUUUGAGGAUAGUUACUAAUACGUUCUUUUAAGAUAUUAUUUAUUUAUUUUAUUAAAAAUUA